CACCAUUUUUUUUUCUAUCAGCAUUCACCACUUUGCUUUUUCACUCUUUGACAUUUUCUCUGAUUCACGCUCACCCACCAAUGUCUUCUUCCUCUUCCUCCCUUCAAACUCGCCGUUCACCCAUUACUUCACUCCUCUUCUCUACCUCUCAAUUUCUGCUCUUCCCUCUCUCUUUCUUUCUUCUCUGUGUUUUCUCCGACAUUUCUCUCUUUCUCUCUGUUUUUCUUUCUAAAUUUUUCUCCCAAACCUCUCUCUUCCUUUCUCUCCGUUCCUUGAGCAAAAAUGUAUCGAUUUCUUAGUUCGUUUGCUCCCGGAUUCAAACACGUGAAGUUAGGCCAAAAGCUUUGGACUACCAAGAUCAUAACACCGGGCUUUUUGUAAAACGUGUCUCUUUUGUUCUUCGGUUGCUCCGCCACAAUACAAGGGACACGUCUCUCUUCUUACCUAUUCUCCAAUCUCUGCCUUAUGUCGCAGCUUCUUUUGGGCGCAUAGAGACAACAAAGCAUGGUCCUCGUGGCGUCUCACUUCUUGAUUUCCAUGCCGGCAUGCCCACCUCGCAAGCACUCAAAUAAACCAUACCGGUCUCACUCUCGCACACCCUCGUCAAAAUUGAACCAACUGUCAUUAUCUAAUGAGCGACCAAGAGCGUGCGAAUGUUUCGACUUGUACAAGGACCUGGUACCGUACGGCGAGGCAUGGUCUUGGCAGAAAAGAAUUGUUAUGGACAAGAAGGCGUCGAUUGAGAAGAACCAAGAUUGCCCGGACACACUUAUCAUUCUACAGCAUCACCCAGUGUAUACAUUGGGCACAGGUAGUUCGGAAGAGUACCUGAAUUUCGACAUCAAGAAUGCUCCUUACGAUGUUUACCGAACCGAACGCGGCGGUGAAGUUACGUAUCAUGGGCCUGGCCAGCUAGUUAUGUACCCUAUUAUCAAUCUCCGAAAUCACAGGAUGGAUCUUCAUUGGUACCUCAGGGCACUUGAGGAGGUGGUCAUCCGUGUUCUUUCCUCAACAUUUUCUAUCGAGGCAUCUCGGCUUGACGGCUUCACUGGCGUUUGGGUUGGAGAUAAGAAAGUGGCAGCCAUUGCAAUACGAGUAUCUCAAUGGGUAACAUAUCACGGCUUAGCACUAAAUGUCACCACAGAUCUAACUCCAUUUCACUCGAUAGUUCCAUGUGGAAUACGAAACCGUCAGGUUGGAAGCAUUAAGGGGUUGCUAGGAGAAUUUCAGCCAUCAACUGGAUGUGAAAUUCAUGAUCGCCAGCUAAUUGAUAUCACUCACGCCUCUCUGAUCGAGGAAUUUUCAGACGUUUUUCAGCUUGCAAUCCAUUAUAAAACCAUCCCCAUGCUGGAUUUUGCAGAAACAACACCUACACAGAAUCUCUUGGUGACGCGGAAAGAUCUCUUGGUGACGCGGAAAGAUCGUGUAUUCUUUGACCCACUCUUUCUUUUGAUCAUAUUCCUUCAUUACACAUAUCUCGAUUUCAUAAUAUGAUC